AUGAUUAGCAGGACGCAGAUUCUUCAACAACAGGCGAGGCGAAUUCUCGCUACUAGUAGCAGAAGCUGUUUGUUUCCUCGCUCCUACAAAACCCUAUCGGCUGUGAAGACAGAUUUAGAGCUGUGGCAGAAACAAGGGCAUCAAGUGAAGCCGUCUUAUGUCAGAGGUCUCAUCAAGAAUCUCCGUGACACCAAUGAGUUUUCCAAAGCACUUGAGGCAUCGGAGUGGAUGUGUGAACAAAGGGUCUUUAAUAUUUUCUCGGAAGAUUAUGCAGCUCGGCUUCAUCUAGUUGAGACUGUCCUUGGCUUGGAAGAAGCUGAAAACUUCUUUAAGACCAUCCCCGAAAAUAUGAGGGACUCUUCUGUCUACGACACUCUCUUGAGAUCUUACACUAAAUCCGAGAAAACACUAGAUAAAGCUGAGUCAACGUUUGAGAAGAUGAGAGAACUCGGUUUCCUCUUGAAACCUUCUCCGUUCCACUCGAUGAUUUCUCUCUACGGUCAGCUCAACAAACAAGAUAUGGUCAAGAAGUAUCAAUGUGAGCUGAAGGAGAACAAUGUGGAGACCGACAAUCUCAAGGCGUUGGAGAAGUCUAAAACGUUGGUAGAUGAGAAAGGAACAAACCUUGAGAGAGACAGGAUCGCUGCAAAGGAAGAAGCUGACCUUAGAGCCGAAACAUUAAUAAUAAAGGAAAUAGAGAUGUAUGGGGAUGUGCCAGGGAGUAAAAGACAAGUGUACCGUCUUUGGGAUGAGUACAAGAAGCAAGAUAAUAGGAAUAAGGACGAUGGAUAUCGUUGUGUAAUUAGCUCUUUGUUGAAGCAUGACGAUGUACAAGGAGCAGAGAAGAUAUACGGAGAGUGGGAACCGUAUGAAUUCGGACCGGAGAUGGAUAUGAGCAUACCGGAUUUGUUGAUUUCUCGGUAUCGUGCAGAAGGAAACGAAUCAAAGGUUGAUGAAGUGGUUAAGUCGAUAAGAAAGAAGAAGAUUAUGGUGAGUUUAAAGAUAGCUACAGAAAUGAUUAGCAGGUUUCUUCAACAACAGGCGAGGCGAAUUCUCUCUAGUAGUAGCAGAAGUUGUUUGUUUCGUCGCUCCUACAAAACCCUAUCGGCUGUGAAGACAUAUUUAGAGCAAUGGCUGAAACAAGGGCAUCAAGUGAAACCGUCUUAUGUCAGAGGCCUCAUCAAGAAUCUCCGUGACACCAAUGAGUUUUCCAAAGCACUUGAGGCAUCGGAGUGGAUGUGUGAACAAAGGGUCUUUAAUAUUUUCCCGGAAGAUUAUGCAGCUCGGUUUCAUCUAGUUGAGACUGUCCUUGGCUUGGAAGAAGCUGAGAAGUUCUUCAAGACCAUCCCCGAGAAUAUGAGGGACUAUUCUGUCUACGACACUCUCUUGAGAUCCUACACUAAAUCUGAGAAAACACUAGAUAAAGCUGAGUCAACGUUUGAGAAGAUGAGAGAUCUCGGUUUUCUCUUGAAACCUUCUCCGUUCCACUCGAUGAUUUCUCUCUACGGUAAUAUCAAGAAGCAAGAUAUGGUCGAGAAGCUUCUAUGUGAGCUGAAGGAGAACAAUAUGGAGGCCGACUAUCUCACGGAGAAUUAUUUUUCUAGUUUAGUGAAGACAUAUAAGGCGAUUGAGAAGUCUAAAACGUUGGUAGAUGAGAAUGGAACGAACCUUGAGAGUGACAUGAUCGCUGAAAAGGAAGAAGCUUGCCGUAGAGCCGGUAAAAUAGAAAAGGCAAUAGAGAUGUAUGGGGACGUGCCAGGGAGUGAAAGAGAAGUGUACCGUCUUUGGGAUGAGUACAAGAAGCAAGAUAAUAUGUAUAAGAACGAUGGAUAUCGAAGUGUGAUUAGCUCUUUGUUGAAACAGGACGAUGAACAAGGAGCAGAGAAGAUAUAUGGAGAGUGGGACCCGUUUGAAUAUGGACCGGAGAUGGAGAGCAUACAGGAUUUGUUGAUUUCUCGGUAUCGUGCAGAAGGAAACGAAUCCAAGGUUAAGGAAGUGGUUAAGUCGAUAAGAAAGAAGAAGAUUAUGUUGGCUUUAAAGUUUGCUACAGGUUUGAUAUUUUUAGGGCUGAUUCUUGGCAUGGCUGCAAUUCAUGGCUUCGAUAGAGUGGGGUGA